CACACGCUAUUUGGAUUAGACGCGAGAGAAGCACCGAGCGGCCACUUCUGCUUAUAUCCCUGCUUUAUUUACGCAAAUUCUGGCUUGAAAGUUGCAUUGAAGUCAUUUUUCGAGUGUUUUGAACUGUUUCGUGGCUGUUUACCGUGAUUUUUCCCCCCUAUUUGGACUUAUAAGGAAACUAAACCAAAGCGCAAAGGAUAUUUUUGUGGUGCGUAAAAGUGAUCGUGGACCGCCGCAGCAUCUUCGUAAAGCGAUAUUACGGGACAUACAAGCGGGGCGACGUGCGAGGAGACGCUCGGACGCCAAAAGGAACACAUUACGUGACUUUUAAGCGGCGCGAGACCGACGGAGGUUGACGUGGAGUGAACGUUAUUACGCACAAAUGGUGUUUCUGUGGGACUCGAAAUACGACCCAGCCCCCGGGCGCCGCUACACUCCCCCCUCCACGACGCUCUCCUCUGGGGGAAAGAUGACUGAAGCUCUGCCUCUGGGAGCUCAGGAGCCUGGAGGAGGAAACGCUCAAGUGUCCAAGUACAGUAUGAGCGGCCGAGGAGUACUACAGGUGAUCUCGGACCACUCGGGGGAGCUGGUGAAGACGGACAGCCCGAACUUCCUGUGCUCAGUUCUGCCCACGCACUGGAGGUGUAACAAAACUCUGCCCAUCGCCUUCAAGGUGAUCGCGUUAGGAGAUAUUCCAGACGGGACUUUGGUGACAGUGAUGGCGGGAAACGACGAAAACUACUCCGCCGAACUCAGGAACGCUACGGCGGCCAUCAAGGGACAAGUGGCACGGUUUAACGAUUUGAGAUUCGUUGGGCGCAGUGGACGAGGUAAAAGCUUCACGUUGACCAUCACAGUUUUCACCAACCCUCCUCAAGUCGCCACGUAUCAGAGAGCCAUCAAGAUCACCGUGGACGGACCCCGCGAGCCCCGACGGCAUCGUCAGAAGCUGGACGAGGUCAAGCCGGGCUCGCUGGCGUUUUCCGAGCGUCUGACGGAGCUGGAGCAGCUGCGGCGAAGUUCGAUGAGAGUCACUCCUCCUCAUCACCACCACCACCACCACCACCCGCACCACCACCCUCAUCCUCACCAGCAGACGGCCAACAGCAGACCGACCGCCGCAGCUCUCAACGCCGCGCCUUUCUCCAGCCCCACGCACUCACAGAUCUCUGCAGACUCUAGACAGAUGCAGUCGUCUCCUUCCUGGUCCUACGACCAAUCAUAUCCAUACCUGGGACAGAUAACCACGCCCACUGUGCACUCGGCCAAUCCGCUGUCUCCGGGACGCUCCUCCCUCGACCUCUCGUCACGACUCACAGGUCCGGACUUGACGGCGUUCAGUGAUCCUCGCAUGACCAUCGAGCGCCCCUUCUCCUCCCUGCCCUCUCUCCCCGACUCGCGGUUUUCCGAUCCCCGCGUUCACUAUCCCGCCACCGCCGCCGCCUUCACCUACAGCUCCGCCCACAACACGGUCUCCAACGGCGCCCUGGGCAUCGGACGCUACCACACCUACCUGCCCCCGCCCUACUCCGCCAGCACCCCCCACCAGACCCAGAACGGACCCUUCCAGUCCACGUCGUCGCCCUAUCACCUCUACUACUCCACAGGUUCGUACCAGUUCUCCAUGAUGGCCGGAGACCGAACGGCCAACGGAGGUGAUUCGCGUUCCCCUCCCCGAAUCCUGCCGCCCUGCACCAACGCCUCCACAGGCUCCGCCCUCCUCCACCCCUCGCUGCCCAACCAGAACGAAGGCGUCGGCGUGGAGGUGGAGUCCAGCCACAGCUCCUCCCCUACCAACAUGGCCGCCGCCGAAGCCGUGUGGAGACCGUACUGAAAGACCAAAAAGACCAAAGACAGACACAGGAGCGGUCGAUAGUCGGGAAACUCCGGGGACAGUGGGCAAACGGUCACUGAACGAAGAAAUUUAAAUCUACGCGUUUUAUAUUUUGGAAAGUUAAAGCUGCGUUGUGUCUCUUUUCUGGUGGAGGCGUUAUUGCUUUGUCUGGAAUGUUUCACAGUACGGCAUUAAACCUUUCUAUCACCAUGGAGACCAAACCAGACCAAGUUACAGGUCAGAUCUGUGGAGAGGAGACCCCACUCAUAUUCAGUAUGUUUGUUUUUCUAGGUAUUUUUGAGCUAUAAAACCACCUGUAAUUGAAUAAAUGUAAAGUAGAGCUGUUUAAUGUCACACUGUGGAACAUUUCAGGCAGUGCAAUGACAUAUCUAUAGAAACACGCAACUGAAGGACCCCCAACCAAAAAGUUACGUAGUGCAGCUUUAAUUUUUCAAAGUAAAAUUGUAGCUCAAAAAUUACUUUUUACUUUGGACUAAUCUCCAGAUAUAUUUUAAACUAUUUUUAAAACAUAGAUUUUUAUUUUAUCAGUAAUGUAUGAAAUUAUAAAACAACACAUGAAAAAAUAAUUAAUUAAAUAAUUAAAAAGGCAAAAAGGAAUAAAAUAAAAUACAGUUUAUCCAAUCCAAUUUUAUUUAUAUAUGACAGUUUCUAAAGUUAUUACAAUAAAAGACAGUAAAUCAUAAUUUAUUUUUAUUUUUUUUAAGUGUUAAAGUGCAUAGAGCUAAAAAUGAUAAAUAAAUAAUGUCACAGUGUAUGGCAUUAAAGUUAUUUUGUGUUUACUCAAUAACAAAAUCAUCUCAAAUCUUAAAAAAAACAUGUAUUCUUACUGUAAGCAAGGCCGCCACUUCACAGAUCUGACUCGACGCAAAGUAAUAACGAGCAGAAAAGUUCCGCACUGCGCUUUUAAACAACUUUAGAGCUUUAAGAAGUUCGAGAAUCCUUUGCUCACUUUCUCAGGUUGUUGCUUUGACCCGUUUUUCCAUCCUACUGAUACAGACAUUUAAAAUAUAAAAAAAGGACUUAUCGAAAAAAAAAAAAAAAAGAAGAAGAUGACAUUUAAACCAGGAAAUGAACUGAGUUAUAGUUUUACACUGACGAUGUACAGCAUGCGUUGGCACUGGGCUGAAAACCUUUGUAAAUUAUCUUGUGUCGUCUCCUUGUUAUUGUGAAUAGAUGCCAAAAAAUGUGAUGAUCUGACGUUUUAAUCUCACCAAACAAACUACGAAGCAAGUCAGCAUUAUUUCACGUUUUCAUAUUUUUGUUCCUACAUAGUAAUUUGCUAAAAAACCUUGUCAUUCUCUUGUUUUUGCUACUUAUUUAUUGAGCUACUGUGAUGCAAAAUAGCCACUAAAUUUCAGUAGAAUACAAUAAAAUUUUAGAUUCAUAUUUAAGAUAUAUUAAAGCUACUAUCCGUAAUUAGAUUGGCUGAACCGCACUAUGUCGUUGCACUAUGUUAAUGUUCAUUUUUUUGUGUUUCGCUGUUUUAAAACUUUAAUCCCAAAACUGUUUAAAUUAAGGGUCCAUUAUUACGCAAAAUUUACUCUUGUGAGCUUUAAAUCAUGUUAUAAUGUUGUUAUCUCCUCAAAAACAGACCUGGACUUGUGUUUUGUUUCAUUCACAUGUUUGAGUAAUCCUUUAUUAGUCUGUCUACAUCUCCAAAGCUCAAAAUGUUCUGUUCCACCUUGUGAUGUCAUGAAGUGGUAGUUUUCAAGAUAGAGAUUGACAGUUCCAGGGCUGAAAUCAUCUAAAUGACUCUAGUGAAUGGAGUUUUAAAGGGCCCAUCUCGAGCAAAAUCGACUUUUCAGAGCUUUCUACCUUGUAAGACUGAUGGUUUUUUUAACAAAUUGCAGUGUAUUUCUGCCACCCUCCCACUUGACAAUGAACUAAAGCUGCUAUAACAAUGACACGGCAGAUACACCUGUGAUGCAUUUGACGUAGCAGAAAACGCUUCGCCUCUGCCCGACUCCACCCUGAUUGCAGUGAACACGAUAUAAUAAGUUUAUCUACUAGCGUUUAUUAAUACUUUACACAUCAGUAAUGUUCAGCUGAUGUUGAGGAGGUGCUUGAGCUUCAUGCACCUCAAAGUCCUCGUCCGAUUCCAGGUCCAACACAUGCGGCUGAACGCGCUGUAUCUCCAUGAUGAAUAAAAGUUUAUUCCUGCCACUAUCAGGGUGCACGCCUGUCUCCCCCUCCCUCCCUGAGAUGGGCGGAGGAAGGGCGGCUCACUCAGAGCCUACGUCACGUUUGGAGGGCGGAGCCUGUGCUUUCUCAGGACGGGCGGGGGGAGGAGCAAUAGUCGUAAGAUUUCAUAACUAUUGUGUAAUGGAUGUUCCAAAACCCAAAUUGUGCUUGUUUAUGUGCAGAAGAUACAAUGUCAAAAGAGUUAUUUUGCAUGAGAUGGGCCCUUUAAAACACAGUCCUGUAUUACCGUAUUUUUUGGACUAUAAGGUGCACCGGAUUAUAAAGUGCAAUAUCAAUAAUGCUGAACUCUCUCGUCUAUUUUCAUACAUAAGAAGCACCGGACUAUAAGGCGCAUUAAACAAAACAAACGGACAACACUUGAGACUGAUCCUUAGCUCAGGCGUCCAUGAUCCAUUGGGAGAUCGUGGCGUAAUUCACCCGCCGUUUCCUCCCUGUCUCGGUGAAGUAUGUGUAUUAUGAAUGUGACUGUGGGUGGAUCAUUUGUUUGUUUUUUGUUUCCUACAAAGACUGAAAUAUUAGCUAGGCUGGUGCCACCUAGUGCCUCCACUCAGUUUCAUUUCUUUCCAGUGACUAGGUCAAGAAUCAGAAUACACUAGACGGUUUCCAAAAACCCCGGAACCAGCCAAUCAGCAAAGAGACAUACAUUCUGUGUUUCCAACGAUUCCCGAGAUCGAGGAUUUAAAGCCGGAACGAAGAGAAUGUUUGGUGAAUUUUAUCAAGGGGAAAGACGUUAUUGUCCUUAUUCAUACAGGAUUUGGGAAAAGCCAAGGGAUAUACCAAUUAGCCCUGUGAGCAGCGCAUUACAUACGUCACGACCAAAUAACAGCGCCUACCGUCGAGCGAACAAAUCCUAAUGCUGCGAGGUCAGACGGUUUCCACGAGGUGAAACUGCCUGAUGAAUCAGACUACUCAAAUAUAAAUUGAGUAAUGUGUUUAAUGCAGCUUUGAGCACAUUUGUUUACAUUUUACAGAAACAAAACUUAAAACCAUGUGGCUCAUUUGCAUAAACUGUGAGCGCUGAAAAAAAUGUGAUUUUGACAGAUUUUUGAGCACUGUGUACCACGUAAAACUGGUUCGAGGUCAGUAAGCACAACCAGAAUUAAGACAUAAGUUGCACCAUCGAUUUUUGAGAAAACAAAGGAUUUUAAGUGCUCCUUAUAGUCCAAAAAAUUCCACAUGACAUCACAAGGUGGAACAGAGUGUUUUCAGUUUCUUCUAAUGCCUAAAUAUGCAGGAUUUGUCUGUUAAACUUUUGUGAAUGAAACAAAAAAACACAACUCCAGGUCUGUUUGUGACGAGGAAAAAACAUUAUAACAGCUCAGAAAAUAGCGUAAUAUGGGCCCUUUAAUAUGUUUGUGCCAAUUAUUCAAAUCUAAUCUUUAUUUAAAAUGUAAAACCAAAAACAUUAUGUACUGAAAAUAAAUAUACUUUUACAAUUACUGAACUUUCAUGGACUUUAAAACCAAAAUGUCAGGUAGUCAUGGUAACUGUAUCCAGCUUUAUGGAGUAUAUUAAAACCAGAUGAUGUUGUUAAAUUAUUAUCAAGUCUUUGUUUCCAAAUUAUACUGCUGCAUGUGCAUUUCUCGCUGGUUUUGUCUGUAAAUAUUCUGUGCAUUUUGAUUGUUAAACUUUUGUUGUUGUUGUUGUUUUGGAGAUUUCUCACGGUUUGAUUUUUGUUUCUAUAAAUAUUCUUAUAAAACGCAGGCUUCUGUGGUUUGCUGUUGGGUGGUCCACUUCCUGAAACAGCCAAUAAAAGUCUGAAAGUAAAACUGAAGCCAAAA